GAUGAUAUUCCGUUGAAUGAGUUAGUGUAGACUAGUAUAGGAACUAUCCUUGUCAUUUUAUUCGUUUUCCGAUAACAAUUUUACAAUUUGCAGAGUUUCAACAUCUGUGUCGGUGCGGUACGGAUACCAACUUGAACGUGCUUGGCUUGGGGUCCCGUGAAUAUAAACUGGGAGAGAAGCGCUAAUAAUUUUUGUUUCUGUCUGCACCAGUGCUGUGGCACUGGCAGCUGUACUUGUGAAGGAUUCGUGGUAUUAACUUGCAAACAUCAGAUGUUAAGUUGAUGAAAGUCAUCAUGAACCGGUUGAAGACAAAAGGACUAGAUCUACAUAUGACAUUAAUUUAUUUGCUAUUGAUUUGUCAAUUUUCCGCUUAUUCAUUGGAUACAGCUUGUGACCAUGUGACAGAUCGGAACACCACGGUCACAGUGACCCAAAUCAGAUACGACCAUAAAUUCUACAUUAGAAUUGCCUUAGCCAGUGAUUAUGAGUACCAGUCUAGUUUGGAAGAUGCCUCCUCCAGUCGCUAUAGAACCUUGGCCAUUGAAAUUGAAGAUGAGGUUGAGAGUCAUCUUGAAACCUCCAGGGGGGAUUCCCUGACUUUCUAUGAUGUGGUGGUUGUCCGUUUCAUCUCCAUCACCUCGUCUCCACCGUCUAUGAUAACCAACCUCCCUGAUGACAUCACCCUCCAGGCGGACAUCAUCGUCAGUACAAGCAAUGAUGGUGUGAGACCGGGUGAUCUUAGAACUCUCUUCCAGGAUUCCCUGAUGCCAGAUAUUUCUACACUGUUCUAUGUCAUCACUAUAUCUGAAACAGUGGAUGUAUGUUUAAGAGAAGUUCUGCACACGUCUCAAGGUACAUUGACCUUUCCUGUAACUGAAGUAGGGAUCAGCCAAGGCACAGAGGAGAGAUGCCCUGUGGGUUUUGAAAGGGCUGGUGAGCUUUCCGUGGCUGUGCGUACCUGUAGUAGAAAAACAGAUUCACCUGGUCAUGCUGCCUGGGCUCAGUUUAUGUGUAGUGACUGUGGAUCUAUUACACAGGAAGGAGAGCUACUAGAGCUCAGUGAACAGAUAACCAAUGCUAUGGAGAAUGAUCCAAACCUGGUCGUCAUCAGGGAUGCUAUUGCUUUGUUGAGAGACAGUGGUGACAUCACGAGUGUGGGCAUCCUUGCCAUUGCUGAAAUUCUGGAAGCGCUAGCAAAGACAGGAAAUGUUUCUAUAGAGGUCCUCCAAGAAGUUGGCACAUUACUCAGCCUGGCCCUAGAUGUCGAUACGUCCAUCUUAGUCGAAGCCGAAACCCUCUAUUUCUCGUCCUCCCGAAUCAACAGCGCCCUCGAAAGCAUCCUGGCCAUCACCCACUUAAACGAUCGUCUGGACUUCACCACCACCUCCACCAACGUUGUCCUUGGUAUACGGAGGCUUGAGCAGGGUUCCCUCAAUUUUAACUGGUAUGGCUUGAGGCUUGAUGCGGAUCAACCUAACUCAGGGAGUGAAAGCAGUUUACUUUUUUAUGAAAAUCCAACGUUGAUAUAUGACGAGGAUUCAACAGCUUCUCUGCAUUUCCAGUUUGGGGAUUUACCCGCUCCAGGCCAGUCUGAUGUACGUCUGACCUAUACAAUCUACCCCAUGGACAAACUCUUUCAUACUGUGACGGGUCAAGAGGUCGUUGCCAAUGGAUGGGUCAUGUCAAUUCACCUGGCAGGGGUCAGAGGCCAAGUUAGGAGUACAGUUACAACGACGAGUAGACCAACUGUGCAGACUGUAGAGCCUUCAGCAUGUGGUUACUGGAAUGAUUCCAUUAAUGGCGGUCAUGGUGGAUGGAUCCAAGAUGGCUGCCAGCUGUCUGAGAUGCUCAGUGGAGACCUGAUAGUGUGUCAGUGUGAGAGCAGGGGCACCUUUGCUCUGAUCAAGGAUGCAUCUGCUGAACCCUUUGUGUAUCCUCGACUCCAUGCCAUAGUCUUUAUCGGAGCAGUGAUUGCAUUUCUUGGUGCUCUGUCCUGCUUCUUGGUACUUAUUUGUGUUAAAAAACUUCGAAAGAGGCAGCUCUACCGGAUUGAGGCUGCCUUCUGCCUUCCUGUCGCCAUCUUCUACCUCGUCUUUGCUGCUGGUCAAAGUGCGCCCUCUAUGAUAACGGGAUGUGCAGUUGCUGCAGGGAUCCUUCACUACUUCAUCCUUGUCUCUACAUGUACUAUGGUGGCUGUUGCAGCUAAAUUCUAUGACACAUCUCGGUUGAAGGCAGUGGCUUCCAAGUGGUUUGUCUUGAACACUGUAGCGCCAUCGUGGGGAGUUCCACUGUUGGUUGUAUGUUUGACUUUGGCACCUGCACCGAUUGUCUUCCAAAAUUCAGUUCCAAGAUGUUUCCUGAAUGGCAGCAACCCUUAUGCUCUCAUCUUUGCCCUCCUCCUACCCAUGGUAGCCUGCCUGAUUGUAACAGCUGUCAUUUUCUUCCUCACCAAUCGGAACAUCAUCAAACAACCCACCAGCACGUCAGGUAGCCACGAGGGCGCCAAGACACCCUGGGCGUGGCUGACAACAGGACGCAUCUCCCAGAUGACAUUUAUAUUCAUCCUAUGCUAUGUAACGUGGCUCUUCCUGCUUUCCGUCGUGUACAGCGUCUUAGCGGAACUUCAGUAUAUCUUUGGCGUGUUCGCUAUCGUGCAAGGCGUAGCCUUUCCUGUCGUCCUAUGCAUCUUUGAUGAGGAAGUUAAAUAUGCCAUGAUGGCAGUGUUUGGGAAAGGCAAGGACAGCACCAGGUCCUUCCAGCCAUACUUCUCGGCGUCACAUUGGCACCCUAACCCGGACAUCAUUCCGCAGGACGCGCCCAAGCAGUUCCUGGACGACACGCAGAGGAACAGCACACUGACGCGCCAGAACUUCGAUCCGACAGUGAUUCCUUUAUCAGACACCGAGCAGCGCAGGAUCAGCAAAGCCGACAAUGGCUUUGUCAAUCCCAUUGCAGAGCAGAGUGGGGAAGAGAUUGAGAUGACAAGUUUAAAAGCCAUCCAAACCCAAGAUUUCUCAGCAUACGAGGAGCCAAUAGGCAGUUUAUCGCCAUCUCCAGUAAUCAGAAAGGAUCGAACUGAUAGCGAUAAUGGACCCAUGAAUCAUAUUGCAGUAGAAGCUCAAAUUGAAUUUAGGUGAAGACCAAUACUUCCUGGCUUAUUCAUUCCCAUAUUAUUCUUGUGUCAUCUGAAAUAUUGUACUCUUUUAUGAUAUGAAUCAUUUGUAGCCUUUAUUUUUCUUAUGAUAAUUAUCUUUUAGAAAACUAUUUAUCUUUUUAAACUCUUCUCUCUGCAGGGAAUAAUUGUUGUGGCAUUACAUAGCACCAGGAUAUAAGUCGCAGUGACUUCAUGGUGCACACAGAUUAAAGAACGCAAUCCACCGUUCUUCCUAUAUGCAGUAUAGCAGUGGUGAUAUGAUAAAAGGGCAUUCACUGGUUUAAAGGGGAAGUUCACCCUGAUAAAAAACUUUGUUUUUAAUAGUAAUAACAUAAAAAUUUGAAAAAAAUAUUGGUGAAGGUUUGAUGAAAAUCUGAUAGAGUAUAAUAGAGUUAUGAAUAUUUACAAUUUAGAUUUUUUUUUACGUCACAGACGAGCAGCUCCUUAUGCCAUGUCAUAAAAAUUCCCCCAAAAUGCCAUUUUCUCAAAUAUUUGAAAGUGGUUUUAUUUGUGCGGUGAAUAUACCAUUGCACACAUCUUUUUAUACCCUCUUCUGUAAGAAAAGAAUUUGAAUUAUAUUCCAUAAAAAAUUGGCAAUUAAUAGAAAUUAUUUUACAUGAUAUACAGGGAAGCUGCUUACAUAUGACGUCACAAAUUAAACAUCCAUAACUUUAUUAUUCUUUGAUGGAUUUUCACCAAUAUUUUUCACUAAUUUUCUGCUUUUAUGAAAACUAGCUUAUCGUCAAUUAAUAACUUAUCAAUAAAAUCAAUCAAUCAGUUGGUUAAUCAGUUCAAUCAAACAAUUUGUAAAUCAGUCAGUCAAUUCAUCAAUCAAUCAAUCAAUCAAAACUUUUUUUAGCACUUUUCAUGAAAUCCAUAUCAAAGUGCUUUACAAUGUAGAACAUAAGAAAUAAAAAAUUAGAAAUCAUAUAACCAAAAAAAAAAAUUCAAACAAUCAAUCCGUCAGUCAGUCAGUACCUCUGGGUGGAGAUCAUAAAGCGCUCUGUAUAUUCUUGGAUGCAAGAAACACAUUCUCAAUCGUUUUCAUUCAUACUUUCCAUCAGCUAUAAAACUUCUCAUUUCAAUGAGCAUCUGAAUACAGAGAUUACUAUAAUUAUUAUAUAUCAUUUAUCACAUAGGAGUUAUACAUUUACUUUGUGUGGAGUGUGGAGCGUUGUGGCCCAGUGGAUUAGUCUUCGGACUUUGAAACAGAGGGUCGUGGGUUCGAAUCCCAGCCAUGGCGUAAUUUCCUUCGGCAAGAAAUUUAUCCACAUUGUGCUGCACUCGACCCAGGUAAGGUAAAUGGGUACCUGGCAGGGAUUUAUUCCUUGAAAUGCCAACGCGCUGUAAAAGGCUGUGAGGCUAAAGCCAGGGUAAUAAUAUCCAAUUAAGCGCAUAGGGACGCACUUGGCAGUGAUAUGCGCUAUAUAAGCAUGUUGGUAUUAUUACUUUGCAAUCAGCUCAGGGGGGGGGGUGUUUCACAAAGUGGUUUUGUGACCUAAAUUUUUGUUUAAAUGCUGCUGUGCAAAUGACAUGUAAAAGUAGUGCCUGUCCUCUUUAGCAUGAUUUGGCCAUUGCAAUGAGGCAUUUUAUACCACACGCAAGAGGAAAUUUAAGUGACUAUUAGUAAAAAAUGCUCAAAAUUUUAUGAAACGUUCCCUGCUUGUAUUUUUAUACAUUGACAACUUAUCACCUGUUAACAUUAAUAUGGAAAAUGUGUUAGCAGUACUUGAUGGUAUAUAGGAUUUGUUUUAUGAAUUUUACCAAAAUAUUGAUGAAAAUAUUUUGAUUUAUAGGUCAUGAUGGAGCAGAACAUAUAUGUUUUGAUUAUUUGUCUUUCAUAUUAUAUUGUUGUAGUAGAGAUAAAACUUGGUCUGAAUUAUUUACAUGCACAUGUAACUGUAAUAGCUGGUGCUAUUUCUCACAUUGUCAUAUUAAAAGUAUACUGUAAUAGUAAAUGAUACUCUAUAUUGAUGUACCAUAA